AUGGAGAAAAUAAUUACAGUUAAGCAAGAACCUAUUGAUGAUGCAUAUCCAACACCACUAUCAACCACAACAACAACAAAAACAACAGCAUCAACUACCAGUAUCACAACAGCAGCACAGAAUGUAACCACAAAAACCACAGCUGUUGUCACCAUACCUUCAGGAACGGUGGUAACAGGAACAGCACCUGUAACAACUGUGCCUGCAUCAGAACCUCAAAUAUUUUUCAUACAGCCCAAAUCAGAAGUUCAGAAACAGCAAUGUGCUGGUACACAAGGUGAGAGUGAUAUGUCAGAGGGCAAUGCAAAUUUCUGUCAAAAUUACAAUGGCCUAUGUAUGUCACAAUGAUCCAAGCUUGAAAAACAGGAGCAAGCUCUAUUGGUAAUUAAAAGAAGAGCAAACAAACAACCAAAGUAGUUUCUUUAGGUUUAGCUUGAAGAAUUUGUUCUGCUUUUUAUCUAAAAAUUUUAUCCAAAAAAAAAAAUUCAAAUUUGUUAGUUUAAGGAGGGGGAAAGAAGGAGAAGAGGAGGGAAAUUAAAAUUUAAAAAUUACUUCACAGUACCUCUCCUAGGAAAAGGAAGUUUCCCUGUAAGCCUCAACAUUGUGCAGAAGACCCUGUAUUGCUGGCUCACUCAUGAGUGGAUCCAACCGAAAUAGGCAUUAAAUACACUUUACAGAGAAAAUUUCUGAAAACUCUAGUAGCAAACUGAUAAAAAGGGAUCAAUGACAAAAACAUAACAAUAAUUUAAAGGUAAUUUUUGGUGUCAUUUCUUUGAUCAUCAAGAGUACUGACAAUGGGGAUUGUGGCAAUCUUUUAAAUAGAAUGAAGGGGAUCCUAUGAACUAUACAGUGUGUGUUGUGGUUGUGGUCUUUAUUUGUCAUCCCCUCACAUUCAUCAUCAAAACUUAAAACAAGGAGAAAUCUAAAUCAAAUUUGAUAAAGUUAUGGUGUAGUUACUUGUCUAUUGGAUUGGCUUUUUUUCACAGCUACUUCUAUCGCAACAACAGUGGCAAGGACGAUUACAACAGCUGCCCAGUCAAAGCCUCCCUUAGUAGUCAUUUCUGGUAGUCCCAUUAAGCUGACACCCUUAUCAAGGGGAGGUGCAGCUCUUACAGGUGCACAGACAAACUCCAGUUCUACUGGCAAUAUAACAUGCACUUUAGUUCAUGUACAGCCAUUUACAAAUAAACAGCACAUUGCUCCUAAAACAGGAAGUUCUCCAAGCAAGCAAACUAUUCCAGUGCAGCUCCAAAAAUUGGUCCCCAUUAGCGUUGCAACUUCAUCUUUGACAAAGGUACAAACAGGCACGGCCCCUCAAUUCACAAUAGCUGCACCUGCUGGGUCUGUCUCUGGCAUGCGGCACAUUGCUCCCAAAGUGAACCUUGUAUCAGCAGUUCCAACAGGACAGGCUGUUCAAUUAACAACACCUACAGUGCAAGUCAGAAACAUUGCUCCUGCUGUGGAGAAGACUGCUCAAGUUCCUCAGCAGGUAGGUCAUAUAUACUUAGUCAAUGAAAAGGUUGUAGUCUGGGUUACUAUGACAGAGUAUAUUAAAAGCUUGUUAAAGCAAAAAUAUUGUGCCUUUAUCAAAGUAAUGGUGCAUAUAUAAAAAAUAUUUUCACAUGGUUCCAUUUCUAAGUCAUUGUCAAUUUUUGCAUUUUUUGAGUCAUUCAUUCUAGCUUUUCUGUGCAAUUUUAAGAGAAACAGAUGGACAAUACAUACACAUUUUAAGCCUAGAUGUGAUAAAAGGAUACUGACCAUUUGUAGAUGAGUAAGGUCAUAUGUGGUCAAUAUGAUUAUAUUUGUGAGUGCUGUUUGCUUGCUUUUUCCCCAUUAGCUGGCACCAAAGCCAGUCCAGACUCAAGUAGCCAGCGGUGGUCAGCAACAAAGACUCAUUGUCCCAGCCUUACCUUCUUCAUUACCUCAGAUAGCAACAACAGGAGCUUCAGGCAGCCUUCAGUUUCCCCAUGGUGUAAUUAGUGGUGGGGUAGUUUAUCUCCCUCAGGUUUGUGACACAGAAAGGCUUGUUCAUACAGAUAAUUAUCUGCCUCACUUAAGGUAUUGAGUCAAGCUCUGGCAAGUUUAUGGUGCUUUGUCUGUGGGUUAAACGCUUAAUUUUCACAAGGAGUGACCAAGGCAGAAUUUUACCUAGUAUUAUCGAUACAAUUUCAUGCAGAAAAGCAGUGAGAAUAAGGAAAACAUCAAUUAUAGAAACUAUUAACUGAUCCAAUGACAAAUUCUGCAAGCUACUAUCAUAACAAUUGUGUGGCAGACGAUAAGGAGAUGUAAUAGUAAGAUCUUGGGAGUGGACGAUGUUAAGGAAGAAGUGAAAUCACUCCCUGCCAUGGAAUGAAGACUUGCAUGGUAGAGGACUCUCUUCUUCUAACUGCUGUUGUGCUUUUUUUCUUUUUGACCUUCAGCAAGCUCUUGCUUCUGGAGGUUUUCCUAUUGCAGUACCUUUACAGGCUAAUGCCAUUAAUACUCAAGCACAAGGAGGAAUGACUGUUAAUGGGUAAGUGUGUUAACUGUUGGUUUGAAUUGUAUCAACCGCUGGGUUUUUGUUAAGUCAGUGUACAGUUGAAGUGAGCAAUAGCCCUGACUUUGUAAUGCAUUGAUUCAGACAUUUUGACUCAAGGAAGUUGUUUGUCAUGAAUAGCUGUGAAAUGUCACUUGAAUCACAGUGUUUGCCUUUAUUUACUCAUAGCAGUUCUCCUGAAUCAUCACCUCCCAACAGACCUCGGAAGCCUUGUAACUGCACAAAGUCACAAUGUCUUAAAUUGUAAGUGCAAUACUGGUAAUACUUUAUUGUAUGAUUCCAAUGUAGAGUCCGUUCUGACAUGUAUUAAUAAAAUUGGAAGAACUAGUAGAAAGUAUUGGAUGUACAUGAAGUCCUGGAUUCCUGUAUGUGAGUGAACAAUGCCAUGACAUGAUAUCUGUGAUUUGCAAGAAGUCCCAACAAAAACUUACCAUCUUCUUCUACCAGAAGGUCUUGCCUCCAGGUUACAAUUAAUUAUAGAAUAUUUAUUUAUGUGUACAACUGAGAACUGACCCAAUAGAUACCAAAGUUCAUGCUUUCUAUGCUCUGUGUCUGAUUCUGUUAGGUACUGUGAUUGUUUUGCAAAUGGAGAAUUCUGUAGCAAUUGUAAUUGUGUCAAUUGCUCUAACAAUAUGGACCAUGAAAAGGAGAGGAGCAAGGCCAUUAAGGUUUGUGCAAGCAUCUACCUCAACCCUAUCCUACAGUCACACACAGAACCCAUCAUUCUCCACUCUACUCUAGGAAGAACUGAUGCUAAAAACAUCAAAUAAAAUACAGCAGCUUCAUAAUGUACUUUACUAUUCUCAAAUAUGUGAGGGACAAAGUGCUACAUAUGCCUGCUGAUGCAGCAUAAAAGGUGUACUAGAAAGUGUUAUUGGAAUUAGUUUUUAAAGAAAUUGUUGAUCUUGCCAUUUCAUUGUAUUGAGGUGCACAGGGAAAGUAGGCGAUUCAAGCUUUACUCCUUUUUUUUUACUUUUUUUUUUUCCUGUCCCUUUUUUUUUUCAAAAACUGGCAUACCCUUUAACACAUGCUAACUAACUUGAAACAUGAUAUAUAUUUCAGGCUUGUUUGGAGAGGAAUCCUCAAGCUUUUCACCCUAAAAUUGGUAAAGGAAGGGUAAGGGCUGCAUUCCUUAUGUUUAAUGUACAAAGUUGAGGAUACAAGGUCCACAUCUGUGUUGGAAGUGUAAUCUUUGAGUAAUGAUUUUUUUCAUCAAUAAUCUGGGAUGACUCGUGGUUGGUGGAGACAUAAAUGGCCAUAUCUAGUUCAAAAAGCUCUCUAUAUCAAAGUGGGGUCAAGUGUAAAAAGGUUCUCUUGAAAAUGAGUUUUAUUUUCUUGAAACAAUACCAUUCUUGGAAUUGAGCUGUUUUACUUAGAAAUGUAUACACCCUUUGAGAUGUUUUUGUGUUUUGAUGAGCCAGCAGAGGAGGUCAAUAUACACACAAGGUGUAAAAAUGAGUAAAAAUACUCAGCAAUACGACACAUGUAAAAAGUUGUUUAUUAUCCAACCGCUUUUAUGCAUUUCUUUUAGGGUGGGAAAAGGGAAGCAAAUAGAGAAGCAGUUAAACAGCUUAUUUGUGACUUGUCUUGUGCAAUGCAUCUGUACGAUUUCAAUACAAAAUAACCAUUUGUUCAAACAAUCAUAUCAUGUUGUGGGAUAUUUGUACUUAAUUCACAUGAUAUUUGUACUCUACUUAGUGCUUUAUGAUAAGAGUUCAAAGCUACAGUCCUGCAUGCAUCAACCAGUGUGCUUUUCCAAGACAAGUCUUCUUAAUUGCAUAUAAUCUCUUUAAUUUUUAGGGUGAUUCUGAUAGGCGGCAUAACAAAGGUGAGAUGGUAUUACCAGGGUCAUUGACUUGUUGUUAUGAGUGAUUCUUAUGGUUAUCUGAUGAACUUAAUUGUCUCAAACAGGUUGUCAUUGUAAGCGUUCAGGAUGCCUCAAGAACUACUGUGAAUGUUAUGAGGUAUGUAAAUUUUUUGCUUAAGAGAGAUCUUCUUUAAAAGUCUACACCUCCAUAUGUACAAAGUUGUAAAGAGGGUGCCAAUUUUUUCAUUUGAGAAGCAGUUUUGUCAAUUUUAAGAUUUUUUUUUCUUUAGGAAUCACAAUACAACUAUUUAAGUUGUUAAUUUGACUCUUUUCUGUUGAUAUUUACAGGCCAAGAUUUUAUGUACAAAUCUUUGUAAAUGCACAGGAUGUAAGAAUUUUGAGGAAAGUCCCGAGAGGAAAACUCUCAUGCACUUAGCAGAUGCUGCAGGUGAGAAACCCUUCUCACAUUUAUGGGGCUUGCAAUUCUAACAGCUGUUACCCUGAUUAAGUAUUCUUAAUAUUUAAUGAGAGGAAGUUAUUUUUAUUGCUGAUUAACUUUGCAAGUUUUGGUCUGAAAAUACCAUGCUUUUCAGUUUCAUGUUUUUUUCAAGAACGGCAUCCCUUUGGUAGAUAGCUGUUUUUGAAAUCAUGUUACUGAAAUUUUCACAAGUGGUAUUGCCUCAAUUACCAAAGGGCAUGAAAAGGAUUGAAUCAAGAACAUUUUAUAGAGAUGACAGUAGGGAAAUAAAAACAACUUUCCACUGAAUUUGGACUAACUGAUAUUUCAUAUGGGUACACGUACAAGUUCUGUUUCUACUCUUCACAGACGGUUAGAGACCUAGGCAAGUCCUUCAUAGGCAACUCAGAUAAGCGUAGACUAGGGGAAAGUAUGGCGGAAAAUUUUACAGGAAUACUGGCAUGUGAUUUAUUUUAGCAUUACCCAGGUUUACUCUGUGAUCCAACGUGCAAAUGAAACAAAAAACGCAUACAAACACCUUUUGAAGGAAGCUAUUUGUAUGGAUGUUUUUAAAGGCUGGUUUAGUUUCUUUUAUACACACGAAUAACGAAGUUAACUGCCUUUUGCACUUUGGGUUUUUCCAGAGGUUCGUGUAAAGCAACAGAAUGCUGCCCGGACCAAGUUGGAAUCUCAAAUAGAAGACCUCCCAUCCCGCCCAACUUUCUUAACAAACUCUGGAGAAAGGUCAGUUCUAGGUUUAAUUUGAGUGUGCUCGAGGAUGUAGUGUAUCUCCUGAAAGCAGAGCCACCCAAUCAAAGGGCAGUACUGUAACAACAGAUUCUAAUAUUUUCAAAUUCAGCCUAUCAACUGUCGGGUAAUCUAAACUUGCUCGUUAACCGGUGAUGUCUACGCCAUUAUGGUAUCGGUUACCUUUAAGUUGAAGGCGUCAGUUUGUUAGAACUUCCACGUGCUUACUGCUAGUGGAAGUAAAAAGUGAAAUAAUUUUAGGUUGAACUUGUUUUCUAUUGAGAAAAAAAUCAUGUUAAAAAAAUCUACAGAAUCAAAGGAAGUGGAGAAGAGUCUCACUCCUACAUUAAGUUCACGCGAGGUGUCAACGGAAUCCUCUCAAAUUUUCUCGUGUGGUUGGCCUAGUUUUUUCAUACACUGUAAUGUUGUAUGAAGUGUAAAUUUAAUUUUUAAGAGAAAUCCAAGGAAGUUGUCCUCUCUGGUGGGAAUUUCAUGUGUUUCUCUUGUUGUUUUAUUUUCAGACUUCCCUUCUCGUUUGUAACAGAUGAAGUAGUACAAGCAACCUGUCAGUGUCUCCUGGAGCAAGCCUCAGAGGCAGAAAAUGUAUGUUUACCGCCGGCGUUCUUUAUUUUCAUGUUCUCAUUUAAGAGUGAAAUUGUAACCGUUUGUAAAAACGUUUUCCAAGUGGAGUAUGGUGCCAUUGUUUUAGUCAAUGAUGGAUGUGCAUCGGGACGUCUAGCUCCUUUUAGUAUACGAUAAAAAUGGUUUCUGAACUAAAAGAGAAAUUUUUCCUUGCGAAAAGAGGUGGAAAAUAACACGGAUACAACGAAACUCGUUGUAGAGAAUCUAUUCUCUAUAUAAAGGUCGUGUGAGGCUUUGUAAACACAGCCUUCCAUUGCUUUUAUAAAGUAUUUCUUAGAAAGUUCAGAAAAGAUGAAGUCAACCAAGUUUACGUUCUUUUAUGCAAACACACUUAUCGACCUAAAGGGGCGCGCGUGCGAUCUUAGAUAUUUUGUAAAAAUGUUUCUGUAGUAACCUCAUCGAGUACAGGACCAUGGCUCAGACAAAUCUUUAGGCAACACGAAAGGAAGUUCGAAACUCACCUUUUACACCUUUUGCUGUUCCUUAUGAGAAAUACGCAUUUAUUUGCGUGAAAAGGUGAACAAUUGCGUGAAGAUGCAUUUAUUAGGGACAAAAGUAACAAAAAAAACCCAUCAUUUGCGCGUGAAUCAGAUUUUUGCAUUUUAAUCAGCAUUCACUAACAAUUUUGGACAUUCAUAUGCGUCAUUCGUCAUAAAAGAGAAGAAUAUGCUUUCAUUUGCGCUAACCUUCAAGUCAUUAACACAGAGACAAUACACAAACAAUAUAGUGCAGAAACCAUAAAAUUUUUAUCACACUGUUUGCAAUUCAACAGCAUUCCUGGACAACAUUAGGGCGAAUAAGAUAAUCACUAAAGCGCUUGUACAAACAAUUGAGUGUCUUUUUGCAUUCAAAAUGCAAUAAUCGAUUUUCAAUCGAACACCUAUUUUGUCUUAUUUAAAAAAGUUAGUAAAUUUCUUCAAGUUCAUUCGCCUCGUGAUCGUCAUCUGGCCGCUAGCAAAGAAAGCAACCACGAAGAAACCAAAUACCACUCGAACACAGAGAGAACAGUAAGAUGAUUCUAGGACCAGGAGGAAGACUAUCUUGUCGUCGCAGACACGCUCGGAGUGAACCGAUCAACGGCAAUAGACAUCGUGGCGCCUUACAUCAGAGAGGGCAGGAUUCAGGGAAGACCACGAGGUGGUAGAAACAACGUGCGCGUGGACGAUGAGAUGAGAGAUUGCCAAGAGGAAAUCAUCAACGAAAACUGUCUACUCACACGUGCUCGGAUAAACAGUGAACUGAGGAGACGGCUACCACUCAAACCCGAGAUUCACGACCGCACCGUGGCAAGGACAUUGGACGGGAUGCUGUAUGGAGUGAAACUGGCAAGGCCCCUCUGUGCUGACAGAAACAGACCUGAUGUGCUGAACAAGCGAGUAGAUUACGCAACUUUGUUUAUGAAUAUUGAAUGUAAAAUACGCUCAAUAGUUUGUAAAUGAUCGGUUUUUGUCGCAAAUGAAUGUAACUUCACGCAAUUGUUCGACUUUUCACGCAAAUGAAUUUGUACUUUCUCGUACUGAACAGCAAAAGGUGUACAAACAUCAUAAGGGAGAAACAAACCAGUAAAAACACAUAUUUCUCCUCAAAGGCAUUUUAUAUGAAGUUAUCAUUGAUUUCGGAAAUCCCAGGAAGUGUUCUUAACAAUCAUUUUUAAACAACCCGCGAAAUACUUGUGUUGAGGCCUUUUUGCAUCAGUCUCUCCACUUCAUCCUCUCUUGACUCAUUGGAGGCCCCUCUCUAUAACCUCCCUCUGAGUAAUUGAAGAACCUUUGUGUCUUAACCAUCAGCUGGGACAGUCCCAGGCAGAGAUAGAAAAAAUGAUUCUAGAAGAAUUUGGCCGGUGCUUGCUGCAGAUUAUCCACACGGCGAAUGGGACGAAAGGUGAGUUUUUUUUUUGUAUCGCACUACUUUCGAUUUGA